UUUUGCACCCGUGUUGUCUUAUCAUUUGGGUGCUAGAAAGAUGAGCCCUGUGGCUCUCCUUUUGGUGGCAUGGGCACAUUUCCUGGCAGCAGCAGCGACAGCAGCAGCAGCUAGGCCAAUCCUUGAUCGUUUUGAAGUUUCAGUGUCUUGUGAUGUCUGCAGUGAAGGAAAUUUCAGUGAAAACAGCAUCGUUUUGCCUGAUGUUCCUGUUUUCCUGGAAUGCAAGGAGCAAAGGACAGGCAUAAGAUACCAAGAAAGCGGCAUCACUGGAGCCAAUGGGAAGAUUUCCGUGCAAAUCCCAGCAGAAUUUUCAAAUCACUGCUCUGUCAAAGUUUCGAGACCUCCAGCAUUUUGCAGCAUCCCAGUGAAUACUGCAGGCUCAAAUCUCAGCUCUGAUUUGGAUUCAAGUUUAAAAUCUUGGAAGAUUAUGUAUCAACCUUCUCUUGAUCAUCACCAGAUCCACUGUGAUAGAAAAAUUGAUAGAUUUCGGAUCUUAGCUACUACAAAUUCUUUGAGGCUUGGGCCUCCUGAUCCUCCGAGCCCUUGAAGAGCUAGCUAGUAGAUCAUAGAUAUAUUCAUGUAUAAACUCUACGUGUUUAUAUAUAAUCAAUAUUGUUUUCAUGUC